CUGUCACGGGGCUCCGCCGGGGCUCCGCUCUCUCCCUGACCGCUACACUUUCUCCAUCACACCGCACACCGGAGGAGUGUUUGUCAGAGAUGUGUUUCACCGGGAGCUGAAGUUGGAGAGUCUGCCCUUCGACCUGUUGUGUUGCGCCCUUGGUGAACAUGUCUCCAAUACCAGUUGUGCCAGAAAACUACAGCCACGUGUUGGCUGAGUUUGACUGCCUCGAUCCGCUGCUGUCGGCUCUGCGUUUGGACUCCGGCAGGCUGAAGUGCACCUGUUUGGCCGUGUCGAGGAAGUGGCUUGCUUUAGGCACAUCGGCAGGAGGGCUGCACCUGAUUCAGAGGGAAGGCUGGAAGCAGAGGCUCAUCCUCACACACAAGGAGGGAUCUAUCAUUCAGGUGGCCUGUUGCCCUCAUAAUGAGGACUUUAUUGCUGUUGCAACAAGUCAGGGUCUGGUGGUGGUGUGGGAGCUGCAGCUGGAGCGGCGAGGACGUCCGGAUAGAGUCAGUUCAUCCUGGGAGCACAAAGGUCAGACCAUCACCGCCCUCUGCUGGGACACCAGCGCACUCAGAGUCUUCGUCGGGGACGCAGUCGGCAAGGUGUCUUACCUCCGUGCAGGAUCCUCCAAAACGGGAAAGGGUGCAGCAUUCGUCAUUUUCCCAGUCCAGACCGUCACCACUGUGGACUCUAAAGUGGUUCAGCUUGGCUACCAAGAUGGCCGCCUCUUGGUGUCUUCCCUAAGCCGCUGUUACCUUUGUGACACAGAGAAGGAGAAGUUCUGGCGCGUUGGUCAUAAGGAACGUGACGGAGAGUAUGGAGCUUGUUUCUUCCCUCAGAACAGGGGCCUGUUAGUUGGUCAGCCCCCGCUGCUGUACUGCGCCCGGCCAGGUUCCCGGGUAUGGGAGGCCAGUUUUAACGGCGAGGUGCUGAGCACGCACCAGUUCAAACAGCUGCUGGCGUGUCCUCCUCUCCCACUCAUCUCCUCCCGAAGUGAACCAUGUUACAGUCCAGUACAGAGGAGUCCACAGUCAGUUGCAUUUCCGAAAAUGCUUUAUUUGGGAGACCAGAACCUGCUGACUUGGACUGAUUCAGCCAUUUAUAUCUUCACCCCUCAGAAUGGACAGGUGCUGCUUUGGACUGAAGUCAAAGAUUUGGUUGAUGUUGCCAUUUACCGCAGCGAGCUCUUCUGUCUCCACGGCGGCGGCCGUUUGUCCCACCUCUCCUUGCUGUCAGCGGAGCGCUGCGUCGAGCGUCUGCUCCGCAGAGAGUCCUGGACUCUCGCCGCCACCGUCUGCUGCAUGUUUCAGCACACAAUCACCACCAGCAGGGCCAGAAAGUGCAUUCCCAUUGACCGCCUUGAGCACAUGCGGUCUCAGCUCAGUUCCAGCACACAGCAGGAGCUGAUCGGCCAGCUGGAGGAAGUCAUCGCCAAGCUGGAGCCUCUGGACUCUGCGUGCAGCAGCCGCAGGAGCAGCAUUUCCUCACAUGAGAGCUUCAACGUCCUGGACUGUGGAAUCUAUCGAGUGAUCAGCCGCAGAGGAAGCCAGUCAGACGAGGAGACGGGCUCCCUCAUCAAUCAGUCCAUGUCGGAGGAGGAGCGGUUGAAAGAGUUCAGCUUUGCGCAGGAAGAGGAUCCUGUGGAUUCCGAUCCUCAGAGGAGCGAGCGCGCGGACGCCGAGCGAUCCGAGCAGGGCCUGCCAUUCCACCUCCCGCUCUCGUUCCGCCCCAAACCCCCCCGCAUCGCGCUGCAGGCCGUCAAAGACAGUGUCUCCAGUUUCGUUAAGAAGACGACUGAGAAGAUCAACACCCUCCAGAUGAACUCUGAGCUGUGGCAGCGGCCCGAGUUCAGAGAGGGGGGACAGGCUGAGAUGUUGUCCGGCACGACUCCGUACUCAGAGGAAACAGACAAUGAAGUUUAUGAUGAAAUGUCGAACAACGACUCCGACAUGCAGGAACUCCGAUCCGCGACAGAGCGAACUGUGUUCCAGAUCCAGGACCCGCUGGUGCUGCUGGACCCGGUCAGCCUGGGGGAGGCUCUGCAGGAGUGGCUGCCGGUGCUGCAGCGAAUACUCGGCCCUGCUGCCGCCAGCGAUUCGGCGGAAAGUCCUGGAGAGGAGAAAAGAGAGAGGGGGCAUGCAAACGACAGCACAGAUCAACAAGAGCCAGCAGACGUCGUGACAGACGGCGCAUGUGAUUCUCCUGAGCUGGGAGGCAAAGAGGAGCCGUGUGAGGAGCAGCUGACGGCCGACGCCACAGAGCAAGUCUCGGAGAGCCGCCCGGAGCCGGUGCGAGUGGCGUCGCCCAAACCCGUGCCGCCGGACCUCCAGGCGGACCUGACUGAGCUGGCCACGCUGUACGCUGAGCUGAGCUGCUUCAGGAACCAGGGCGGAGACGCCCCGAGCUGCAGGACCUUCCUGCGCCGCUACUUCUUCCUGCUGGACCAGGAGCGCAUGAGGAGGAUGUGUCUGCUGUGCCGUCAGGAGCAGCCCGGCGUGCAGAGCUCCUUCACCGAGGCCAUGUUAGAGCUCACUCGGGGGUCUCGGGUGGUGGACGUGAUCCAGAGAGGGGAUCUGCUGAAGUCUCUGCGCAGUCUGAGAGAGCUGCAGCCCCGGAGCGCUCCUCUCCUGCUGGCUCACUUGCACAGGCUAUAUGAGAAGCACGGGGAAGCUGCAGUGCGCUCCUUCUCUCAGUUCUACCCGACAAUAAUCCCCGCUGACAUACUGGCCAUGGCUCAGGAGAGCCACUUCCUGGCGUACCUGGAUAACCUGGUGCAGUCCCAAACCGAAGAGCACAGAUUGUCUUUUCUGCAGUCACUUCUUGAACCAGAGUCUCUAAGACAGGAUUGGCUGCUACUGGCUCUUACCCACGAUGCCCCUCAGCGCUGCGAUACACUAACCCCAGACGGGAAUCCCAGGUGGCAUUCGCAUUGUUUCAGUUGGGGCUACGGACGCCUUCUCUCUCUGCUGGUCCGCCUUCCUGCAGAUCUGCCCUCCAAGCGGAUGAUGGCAGAGACGUGUCGCUCUCACGGGUACUGGACAGGUUACCUCUACCUCUGCCAGCAGCUCCAACAUCGCUCAGAAGCUUUUUCCACCAUCUGUCAGCUGGAUGACGUCAGUCUGCUGGAGGAACCUGACGGUGUGGAGCCCCAGACCUUGGAUGAGUGGAAGUUCCUGAUGCAGCGCUCUCAGCAGUGCAGCAGCAGCUCCGCAGACCGCCAGCAGGAGGCCGGCGUGAACGGCGGCGGCUGGUCGAACGGCUCGGCGGACGCGCCGGGAAAAAUCGACCCGGAGAGUCUGACGCUCAUGCUGGCGAGGACGGCCGGGCCGGACCGCGCUCUGGCCGUCCUGGAGGAAUGCGGCAUCCAGCUCACCCUCUCGCCUCACUCCACACUGGUGUGCGAGCUGCUGAGGGUCACCGAGAAGAGGCAGAGGGCCAUGAUCCAGACCAUGCUUGAACGCUGUGAUCGAUUCCUGUGGUCUCAGCAUGCCUGACCCCCUGACCCCUGACCCAAAACCUUCUCUCAGACCAAACAUGACUAACAUUUCCUGUAGGUUUUCUUGCUUAACUGCUGCUGAAGCUGUGAUUUAAUUGAGAUACUGUGAUAAUUUAUCAAAACUGCAGAAGCUGCACUAGUUUAAACAGUAUUAACUAUUUAACUUAAACUUGCCUUAAUACCAUAUAAUUCACUAUUUCAGGCAACUUUUUUUUUUAUACUGGUACUAUUGAUUUACAUACAUUGGCAUGAACAUGUAAUUAAAGAGAAGCAGAAAACGAACUGGCAGUGCCUAACGUGUGUUGUUCUGAUUAAGUAUCAUGUGAAUAAAAUAUCUCUGU